AUGGAACCGGUGUCAACGUGCGGCAUCCCUUCGUCUGGUCCAUCAUUCCAUGACGCACAAAAGAGGGCCCCUCCGUCGCUGUCUGAUUGCACCAAUGUCUUUGUCGUGACCCCCAGCUCAGAACAAGCGUUAUGCAGGAUCCCAGCCACCUUGGUAGUGGAUCCAUUCAGACAAAAGAGGCCGCAUCAUAAAUCCAAGCGCGGAUGCCUCCAAUGCAGGAAACGACGAGUAAAGUGCGACGAGAGAGUCCCGGAAUGCUCAGCAUGCAGCCGCCGACAGGAGUCUUGCAGCUUUAGGGCUAUGAGCCGCAGGAGAGAGGCUGCUGAAUACCGAGAGAGCGUUGAGCGGGUGCCUCGAAGCGUCUCACAGCAAUACGGACUGGCACUGAAUGAAGCAGAUGGAGCAGUGAAUUUGCUACACAUGGAACUCUUUCACCACUUCCAACACAAGACGGUCCCAACACUUGUCUUUAGCCCGGAAGCCUGGGAUUAUGCGCUGCAGUUAUCAUUCAGCUUCCCGACUCUGAUGCAUGCCAUACUCUGUGAGUCGGCGAGGCAUCUGUCGUUUCUCUUUCCCAAUGAGCAAAGGUAUGCCACAGCAGCAACCACUCAUUUGAUAAGGACAUUAAACCUCUACCGUAACGAGCUUUCUGUUGAAUUCACGCCAUCUAACAUUGAUGCAUUCCUGACCACGACCAUACUAUUAGUCGUGGAGAUGUGGUCCAAUGUCGAAUUUGCGGUGCUUGAGCCUGACGGGACCAUGUCUUAUGAUCCACUCAAAGACCACAUCUUCAAACAUAGCCUCGGUGUUUUGCACGUAUUCUUGAGUUGUGUUCCCCUCUCCUUCCAUAAGCCGUCCCCAUUCCUACCACACAUUAGAUACAGCUCUCGGACUGUCCUAGUCAACGCUGCAAAGCUAAGUAAAGAGUCGUUUGAGAACUUCAGGCGGUUCUUUUCAUAUGACCGCCCUAUCAGCCCUUCUCUCCUUUCCAUUCCUCUCCCCUUUAUUCGCAAUUCCGACCUUGCCCCAGAAAGCUCGUUGGCUGUGGAGGUUCCAAAACUAGCAGAAAUAGGCCCCUCCAUGUCCAAAGAAGCAGGCUACUCUUUGCAAGGUUAUUAUGGCAUUGUGGACCGCAUUUGCCUCAUAUCGUCUUUUCUCCCAGAGGCACGAGAUGGAGAAUUCGAGGCUCUGAGCUCCGAGUUGACAAAAAACAUUUCCCGGUAUCUUCUCAUCUUCCCUCUUCUGUGUGACCAGCAGUUUGUCUCGAUGGUGAGACAUGGAGACCUUCACGCAAUGGUCUUAUUGUAUCACUUUUACCGCGCUGUAAGGAUUCUUGUUCCUCCAACUGAGCAUUGGUGGGCGCAAAAAAGAGCGAGUUUGUCAGAGACGGUGAUAGAGAGUUGGAUACUACGAGAGUGCUCUAGGAAUGAGGCUUCAGCUCAAUAGGUAGUCAUGGACGUACAUGGGCUUUCCUGGGAGCGAUUAAC